AUGUCUGAAACCAGCGACAAUAGCAGUGCUCCAGCUAUUAAAGAACCAGUUUCCAGUGAACCCGGCCUACGUUUGGAAAUCGACCAGCCACCCAAGACACAGCUCUCUGUCUCUGAGAUAUCCGAAAAGAUCACCACAGAACUAAACGACGCGCUUGACCAUCUCGCCAAAACAGACAGAGACUUGUCACGUACUUUUGACCGGAUCGAACCGUACUCUACAAGGGUAUUUUCGUCGCCAAAGUUCAACUCGUUUGAGUCGUACUUGAGCCACGCCAAAGUCGCUGGCACGUCGCCGCGGUCGACGGUAUUCACCGGAUCAGCGUACGAAAUAUCGUUCGCCGACUUCCUCUCGCAGACACUAGCGCCAAGCCGGGUGAUCCACCAAGGCGGUGCCCAUGACGGAGGAGUCGAUCUGCAAGCAACACUGGACCUCAAUUCUGUGACGGUUUCGCCAGGCGACGCCUCACCGCCAAAUUUCCCCGCUUCGGGCUCGACAGUGCGACUCUUGGUGCAGUGCAAGUGCUGGGAACGGGCUAAGAUGGACGUCAAGACGGUCCGCGAGCUCAAUGGCACUUAUGCUAACUAUAUCCGACAGAACCAGAAUAAGACACAGGCUAUUUUGAUGUUUGUCACACCAACAGGGUUCACGCGAGGAGGGCUGGCCAUGUUCGACAGCAGUCCCGUGCCGAUGAUCUUUGCCAAAUUUGCCAAACCUCAGCUGCGGUCGCCGUCGCUGGACCCGUUCAAAGUGGAGAACUACGAGAAAGGGAAGGUGGAAAGUUUCUAUUGCAAUAUCGCAGCACAACAAUUGCUUGACGGAACUCAAUGGAAGCAAUACUUAAGCAUAGCUAUACGAAACAAGGUCGGCAAUGGACAAAUGGUCGCCCACCAGGUACCCGGUCUUGUUACGGGUGAGUCUCUCCUCCAACACGGAAAACAGUCUCACGGUUUCCUUGCGGUAUCUGUCAAUACCAUAUGGCACUUUUUCAGGAGCAUAGAAAGCAAAGUGGUGGAACUGUCCCUUCAUUGGUCCCAAUCCAGCCAUCUGGAAAAACACCCAUUCCAACUGCUCAUAAUACAAGUCUGUGCCGUAUUCGAAGCUGUACUUUCUGUCCUUGUCGUAUUUGUCACACAGAUACAUCAUGAUGGCAGCACUUUCAUUAAUGUGGGUGACUUUACCCUUGGCGUCCACAUCAGUGAGGGAUGGGAUUCUGCCGUUUGGAUUGAAUUGCAAGUACCAGUCCUCUUUGCAUUCGCCUCUGGAAAUGUCGAUUUUCCGCACAUGAUAGUCCAGCCCGAGAAGUUCCAAAAGAAUUGA